UUAAGAAUCGGAGUCAGGCAUCGCCCACCGGAUGUGCCCGAGGGCCUCCGCGUGGGGGGCUGCGUGGGGAGCCGUGGACAUGUCCGUGCUUGGGCGCCUGGGGGCCCUGCGGACGCGGAUAGGAUUUUUACCAAAUAUAUUUAAAGUGUUGUCUCACCGGCCAUCAGAAUUCAGAGCCUUCUCUGCUUGUUACAACGCCAUCUACAACAAAGAAACAGGCCAGCUCAGCAAAACUGACAAGGAACUCAUCAUUGUGGUGACCAGCCUGCCUGGAAAAUGCCUAUAUAAUGUGGUUGUCCAUAGUGCCCUGUAUAGGGUCUACUCUAAAGAUCCAGUGCUCUCUGACCAGGUUUGUAUAAAUUGGAGAAAGUCUGAUCUCCCUGCUCGAGAAAAAGCAAUGCUGGAAUUUGCACUUGCUGUUACCCAAGUUGAAGAGAUAACAGAUGACCAUUUCACAAAGCUUCAAGUACAUGGUUUCAGUCGAGAAGAUGCCUGGGACAUAGCCACCAUUGCAGCUUUUUAUGCCAUGGCCAAUCGCCUUGCACAUUUUAUCAGUAUCAUUCCCAACAGAGAAUUCUAUACCGUGGGCAGAACCAGCAGUGCCAACAACAAGAAGAAUGAACUUGAUUCUCCUCAGGCAUAAAGGCCUAACAGGAAAGGCCCAUGUUUAUCAUGUCAUUUAUGUUUCCUUUUGAGAGAGUUUAGCUUUUUUUUUUUCAAUCUAGUUAUUAGAUAGAGAAAAAAGUAAGUAAAUCUGUUCCCUGCCUGUUUGAUGAGAUAAAUCAUAAAUGUAGGUCUCUAGGACGUGUGACACUUGACAAUGAGGUAUACAUUUCAGAAAACUUGCUAAUUAUUUACUUGCAUGUAAUCUGAAAGUACUAUCUUGGAAGUCAGAUGUGGUGGUUUACGCCUUUAAUCCCAGCACUUGGGAGGUAGAGGUAGGAGGAUUGCUGUUUGAGACCACCCUGAGACUACAUAGUGAAUGACAGGUCAGCCUGGGCUGGAGCAAGACCCUACCUCAAAAAUAAAUAAAUAAAUGAAAUGAAAGUACCACCUUGGAAAGGAAUUUGAAGAUGCUUUAAAUUCAGGAAUAUCUUACCUGUGGCCCAUAGGCUUCAUGCAUCCCAAGGUGGUUAUAAAUGUAUCCUAUAUAUGUGCAAAUGGCAAGAUGAUGUCUCAGUGUCAAAAGGUUGGACAUCCCUGCUUAGGUAUUUCUGUUGAAUGGAUUGAAUUUCAGCUACUAAACUUAAAAAUACUCUAUGGGCUGGAGAGAUGGCUUAGCAGUUAAGCGCUUGCCUGUGAAGCCUAAGGACCACGGUUCAAGGCUCGGUUCCCCAGGUCCCACAUUAGCCAGAUGCACAAGGGGGCGCA